AUGCGCGGCCGCCGCCUCUCCACCCAGUCCUUCUCGAUCGGCGGCCCUGGCGACUGCGGCCAGGACGUGGAGGUGCGCCCCGCGGUGCGGAAUGUCACCAGUCUGCACUUCAGCCCGGCGCACGCCGGUCACCUGACGGUGACCACCGCGGGGGGGCUGCUCAAGCUGUGGGAGCUGCGGGGAUGCGGGGGCGCCGGCCAGCCGCUGCAAGCGCUGCCGCGCGCCAGCAGCGCGCACCUGCGCCCGCUGCGCUGCUCGGCAUGGAGGCCCGACGGGAGGGCGCUAUUCGCGGGCGACGCGCGCGGCGCGGUGCUGCGGUGGGACCUGGCGACGGGCGCAGUGGCGCGGGUGGCCGACGCGCAGGCGCAGGUGAGGGAGGUGUUCUACGUGGCAGAGCUGGGUGCGAUCCUAGCGGUGGGCGCCGACCGGUCCCUGCGGCUGGUGGACCCCCGCGAGGACGGGGCGGCCUCCUCCUGCGGCGAGCUCCGCGAGAGGCCCACCGCCGCGGCGCUGUCCUUCCCCACCGCGGCGAUCGCCAUGCGGUGUCGCUACGUCACCCUCUUCGACCUGCGCGCCGGCGGAAAUCCUGGCAGGACGCGCCAGUGGGGCCCAUCCUGGGGGGAGACCACCUGCCUGGCCGCGGCGCCUGGGGGCGCCUCCGUGCUCUGCGGCUCCUCCACCGGGAACGCGGCCACGAUCUCGCUCGACGGCCACGGAAAGAUGGACGCCACGCUCUUCAAACCCCACCGCGGGCGGCCCCUGUCGUGGCUGGGCGCGCAUCCCACCGGCAGGCUGUUCGCCACAGCUGGGGAGGGGCGCUACAAGUUCUGGUGCGCCAGUGGCGAUGCGCUAUGCUGCGUGCGGCGCAGCCGCAACUGCGGGGGCACACUAUGGGGGGGGUCCUUCUCAACGACCGGGGAGACAUUCGCUUAUGCCGCCAGGGUUAGCGAUCCCGCCAAAAUGGCGCCAUUCGGGGACAGGGGGGACCGGGUGGCGAUCCACGCCGUGACCGAGGACGAGCUGGCGUGCCCGGAGGUGGAGGAGGACGAGGGCGGGGGAUGGGGGGAGGCGGGCGGGAUGGAGGUGGUGACAGUGGUGCGGGGGAUGCGCAAGAUGGACCUGUACAGCCCGGAGGACGCCGGGGAGGGUUUCGACUUCUCGACCGCGCUGACGCGCGGCAUGGAGGGAAUGGAGAUCGGCGAGGCGGGGCGGGAGUGA